CCGCCCCCACUCGGUUCUCGACCGCGCUCGGGUCCACAGCUCUAUGGGGAAAGCGGCCGCUCUGAGCCGAGGCGGCGGCUGCGCUGGCCGCUCCCGCGGGCUGUCGUCGCUGUUCACGGUUGUCCCCUGCCUGUCCUGCCACACGGCGGCGCCGGGCAUGAGCUCGUCUACAUCCGGCUCAGGGCCGGAGCCCAAGCCUCAGCUCCAGCCUGUGCAGGCACCAGAGCGGGAGUUGCUGUCCGAACAGGUGUGCAAGCCAGGUUUUGAACCGGUGCCGAGAUCUGAACCAGCGCCCCAGACGACGUCUGAGUCAGGGCCCUCGGGGGCUGGGCAGGAAUCGGAGCUACAGGAUUUAUGGCUGGAGUCAGAGGCGGGCCCAAGAGUAGGGGCUGGGCCCUUCACCAAAAUCUCAUCGGAGGAGCUAACCUCUCUGGGGUCAACUGUAGGAAACGCGCCCCUGGCCAGACCCGAGCCCAGGUCGGUGUCCAAGCCCCAGCCGCUUCAGCGACCAGGACAGGCGAAGACUUCUGUCGGGAGUCCAGUUUCAGGGGCUGGUGUCCCAAUGGUCGCACCACCUCUGGACAGCUACAAGGGCUGGCUGCUCAAGUGGACUAACUACCUGAAAGGCUACCAGCGCCGCUGGUUCGUGCUGGGCAAUGGCCUGCUGUCCUACUACAGAAACCAGGGUGAAAUGGCCCACACCUGCCGUGGAACCAUCAACCUGGCCUCCGCACACAUUGACACAGAGGACUCUUGUGGAAUCUUGCUAUGCAACGGAGCGAGGACCUACCACCUCAAGGCCAGCUCAGAGGUGGAGCGGCAGCAGUGGAUCACCGUUCUGGAGCUGGCCAAGGCCAAGGCUAUCCGCGUGAUGAAAACUCAGUCAGAUGAUUCCGGGGAUGACGACGAAGAGCCUGCCGCCCCAGGUGACAAGAGUGAGCUCCACCACACCCUUAAGAACCUCUCGUUGAAGUUAAAUGACCUCAGCACAUGCAAUGACCUCAUUGCUAAGCACGGCGCUGCACUCCAGCGCUCCCUGAGUGAGCUGGACAGCCUCAAGAUCCCAUCAGAGAGCGGGGAGAAGCUGAAGGCUGUGAAUGAGCGAGCCACCCUCUUCCGCAUCACCUCAAAUGCUAUGAUCAACGCCUGCAAGGACUUUCUGGAACUAGCGGAGAUUCACAGCCGGAGAUGGCAGAAGGCUCUGAAUUAUGAGCAGGAGCAGCGCGCCCACCUGGAGGAAACCAUCGAGCUGCUAGCCAAACAGCAUAACAGCCUUGAGAGAGCCGUCUGCAACACCCCCGGCGGGCCGGUGGACCCCAGCAAGAGCCUCAGCGAGGGAAGCUUCUUGACUUCCAAAGGAGAGAACAGUGAAGAAGAUGAAGAUACUGAGUACUUUGAUGCCAUGGAGGACUCAGCAUCUUUCAUCACUGUGAUCACCGAGGCCAAGGAAGACAGGAAAGCCGAGGGUGGAACUGGGUCAACCUCUGUGGACUGGACCCCAGCAGAUAAUGUGUUAGAUGGUGCCUCCUUUGUGCCCAAGGAUUCAUGCAAAGUUAAACGGCGGGCCCGCAUCCCCGAUAAGCCCAACUACAGCCUUAACCUCUGGAGCAUCAUGAAGAACUGCAUUGGCCGAGAGCUUUCCCGGAUCCCCAUGCCGGUGAACUUCAAUGAGCCCUUGUCCAUGCUCCAGCGACUUACCGAGGACCUGGAGUACCACCACCUACUGGACAAGGCGGUGCACUGCACUAGCUCGGUGGAGCAGAUGUGCCUGGUAGCCGCCUUCUCUGUCUCCUCCUAUUCCACCACGGUGCACCGCAUCGCCAAGCCCUUCAACCCUAUGCUGGGGGAGACCUUUGAGUUGGACCGUCUGGAGGACAUGGGCCUGCGCUCCCUCUGUGAGCAGGUGAGCCACCACCCCCCAUCUGCUGCCCACCACGUGUUCUCUAAGCAUGGCUGGAGCCUCUGGCAGGAAAUCACCAUCGCCAGCAAGUUCCGGGGGAAAUACAUCUCCAUCAUGCCACUUGGUGCCAUCCACUUAGAAUUCCAGGCCAGCGGCAAUCACUAUGUGUGGAGGAAGAGUACCUCGACUGUGCACAACAUCAUCGUGGGCAAGCUCUGGAUUGACCAGUCAGGGGACAUUGAGAUCGUGAACCACAAGACCAAGGACCGAUGCCAGCUGAAGUUCGUGCCCUACAGCUACUUCUCCAAAGAAGCAGCCCGAAAGGUGACUGGAGUGGUGAGCGACGGCCAUGGCAAGGCCCACUAUGUGCUGUCAGGCUCCUGGGACGAGCAGAUGGAGUACUCGAAGAUCGUGCACAGCAGCCCCAGCUCCGAUGGAAAGCAGAAAACCGUGUACCAGACGCUGCCCGCCAAGCCGCUAUGGAGGAAAUACCCACUGCCGGAGAACGCCGAGAACAUGUACUAUUUCUCGGAGCUGGCCCUGACCCUCAACGAGCAGGAGGACGGUGUAGCGCCCACCGACAGCCGCCUGCGGCCCGACCAGCGACUGAUGGAGAAGGGGCGCUGGGACGAGGCCAACACCGAGAAGCAGCGGCUGGAGGAGAAGCAGCGCCUAUCCCGCCGACGGCGGCUGGAGACGUGCGCAGCCAGCUGCGGCGGCGAGGACGAGAAGGAGGCAGACCGCUAUGCGCCGCUGUGGUUCGAGAAGAGGCUGGACCCGCUGACCGGGGAGAUGGCCUGCAUGUACAAGGGCGGCUACUGGGAGGCCAAGGAGAAGAAGGACUGGCACAUGUGCCCCAACAUCUUCUGAGCCACUCCUGCGGCAAAUACAGGCGCCUGCACAGCCCCUCAGCCUUUUCUUUAAUGCACCCAUUUAGUACUGACCCACACUUGUGCACACGGGCACGCGCGCGCACACACACACACACACACACACACACACACACACACACACUCCUUUUUCCUAACGGAGGCUCCCACCUUAAGAAGAGGUAAGGGCUGACCUGGGUUUUCUCCAGCCCCCAGGUCGCCAGCCCAUUAUCGUUGACUUGGGCCCCAUGGGCACCCUAGUUCCCGGUUACCACAACUCAGGCCGGCUGGCUGGGCCAUGGGCUGCUCAGGUCACUAACCCCAACCCAGGGAGAAACUGCCCCCUCCUAGGGAGCCUCUUUUGACUUUUUUAAGGAAAAAAAAAAUCUCCAUUUCUUUCUAACGAUGAGGUUUAGUAACUUUUUAGCACAUCACUUAGAAGACUUGCUUUCCAAGUGUGCGUUCUUGCCACAAAACUGUCCUGGCAAGAAACGCUCUUCUAAAGACAUAAGGAAGCCAGGCCCCUUUGAGUGGGGAGCACUUCUAACAGCAAGGUUUUCUAUCUGUGCUGUCCCAGCUCCAGCUCAAAUGCACAGAGACGGCGUUCCCGCCUGACCUGCACAGGUGUCGGGGUCCCUGGAGGGACGGCGCACAGUGUGAGCAGGGAGGCAGUUGAAGCCCCCCCCCCCCCCCCCCCGUGUGGGCGGACAGCAGCAGCCCCUGCCAGGCCUUGGCCAUGCUGGGACAGUGCCCCAGCCCCCAGAAGGCCGAGAAGGGCUGAAAGGCAGGGCCGGUAGGUGCUCCCUGCCAAGAACCAGGCCCCCAAAUCAGCAAUAAGGAACAAACCCUUCACUUAGCCUGGGCUGGUGACCCAGGCUCCAGACACCUGGCCUCUCUCCUUGUCCUUAGGCAUCAGGGGUGCCUCAUCUCAGCACUCCUGACAUCUUUAUUUGCCUAAUUUAUAUAUAUGAUAUAUAAAUAUAUAUAAAAUAGCUAUUUUGCUUAAAUUUCUAUGAUAUGUGAAAGUGAAAAAUGAUGAAGACAGGGUGUGCCUGUCUGAGUUUGGCUCCUGGUGGCUGUGCCCCGCCCCUCCUGUACCCUUCCGGUGGCUCCUGCCAGCCUUGGAAAUGAAACAUGUGACCCUCAGACCCUGACUCUGUCCCUUCAGUUUGGUCUGGAAAGUUAAUCACAAGGCCUUUCUUUCUACUCCAGGGCUGGUUUUUUAUUAAAAAAGAAAAAACUGAAAA